GCGCAGCGGGCGCCGGCGCCGACGUGGCGGCGACGGGCCCGGACUCCGUGUUCAACAUCUCCAAGAAGGAAAAAUGCAGUGUUUGCGGGUUUACCAAUCAUAAAUCUAAUCAAUGCGGCUACAAAAACUAUAAGUGCAAAAAGUGUAACAGGAAAGGACAUUUACGUAAGAUGUGCACGUUCAAGGACGCAGUGAAGUUCGUAGAGGAAGGGUAUGAGGACGAAGGAGACGACGUCCUUACAGGCUAAAUAUUACAAAGGAGUUCAACGACCCAAUUUCAAAAUUAAGGACAACGUGUGGUUAACAAAAUACACUAAUAAUAAUAAGAAGAUUACUUGGAUCGAAGGUAUCGUAAGAAAACAGAUCGGGAAAGUCAUGUACCUAGUUUAUGUACCACAAUUGGACUGCGAGUUAACCAGACACAUAGAUCAACUGAGGGCUCAUCCAUUCCCCAUACUAAGCGACAACUCGCAGUGGGAUCCCGACGUCGUGCCAGACAUACCGUCGUCGACGUCGGCGCCCGCCACGCCGGCCGCCGCCGCCGCCACCGCCGCGCCCUCCACGACGAGCGCGAGCGCCGCGAGUACUGCACCACCUGCUGCUGCGGACCCGCUCUCUUCACAGCCACAGGAGGGAGAGAGGCUGGAUGAGACUGCCACACCGGCAGACCAAGACCCGGCUCGGACCGAGGGUUCGACAACGCUUACAACGCCGCCUGCCAGUAUUAGGCGACGUUAUGCGAUAAGCCCCCAGUUUGCAACUCCCACGCAAGAUUACGAUACCGAGGAGACAAUCAGUGAUUAGUAUUAAGGUUUAGGUAUUAAGCUCUAGCUAUAAGAGGGAGGAGUGUUAGGUAUGUAUGAGUGUGUGAGUGCGCGCCGCUGUGUUUGUAACCUGUUCUGCAUGUAUAUGAUAAUAAACCAGUGUUAAACUAG